AUCUUUAUCCACAUUUAGCUACUUACCUCUAUUCAUCCCUCUUCUCGACCGUCUUUCCUGGCUUCAUCCUAUCAACGGCCCGGACGGCCGCCGCCUUCUCGCAGGGUCCGGGCAUCAUGUGUGGUAUCCACGCCGUCAUUUCUUCCGCUCCCAUUCCAGCUCUGCCUGUCGAGCUGAAAAGUCUCCUUUCGCACCGUGGUCCCGAUCAUUUCGGUCAGGUUCGCCGCGCGCUUCCUUUCGCAAAGGAUGACUCAGAGAUCUCUCUCGAGUUCACCUCGACGGUCCUGGCCUUGCGGGGAGACCACCUGGCAAGGCAGCCGCUGGAGUCUGCCGUCAGCGCGUCUGUCCUCUGCUGGAACGGGGAGGCUUGGAGGGUCAACGGCCAAUCCAUCCGUAGCCAAAACGACGGCGAGCUCCUCCUAGGAAUCCUCGAUGCCAUCGACGUGCCCACGGCUUCAUCGCGAGAGUCGCACAUCUUGAAUGUUUUGCGCAGUGUCGAUGGCCCCUUCGCCUUCUUAUUUUAUGAUGCUCAGAUCCGACGUCUUUAUUUUGGGCGAGAUCGUUUAGGGCGACGGUCGCUUCUCGUCCACGCAGCCGAGCAUGGCAGCUCGAUAUCAUUUUCCAGUGUUGCCGACGUACCUGCUGCUAGCUGGAAGGAAGUGGAAGCAAGUGGGAUAUACUCAUUAGAUCUCAGCACGCGUCUUGCUACGCCUCAAGGACUGAUAUUAGACACCCGGGUCACGAAGCACGCGUGGAUACGAUCAGGAGGAGAAGACAUGGUAUCGAGCAUUGGACAUUUCAACACAGCGCUGCCUCGGCCCGGCCAGGAACCAGACCUCAACUCGGCGUCCGAGAUGCUCCGGCACUGGCUCUGCGAGUCUCUCAAGUUGCGCGUAUUAGAUAUCUCAGAACCACCAAACCCGUUGUCCGGCUUGGACGUCCGCGUCGCUGUAUUAUUCUCUGGGGGUCUCGACUGCACGGUCCUGGCAAGGCUGGCCCACGAGUUUGUCCCCUGCAGUCAGGAGAUAGACCUGAUCAAUGUUGCUUUCGAAAACCCCCGCCAAGUGGCGAUCAAUAAGACCCUGGCGCACCGAGAGGCGGGCGAUAUCUACGAAGCUUGCCCGGACAGGGCCACAGGCCGGAAGGCUUUUGCCGAGCUGAAAUCGGUCUGCCCAGACCGACGCUGGCGUUUCAUUGCAGUCAACGUCCCAUUUGAAGAAGCCAUGAGCCACAAGCCAAGGAUUGUUUCCCUUAUGCAUCCUCAUAACACGGAGAUGGAUCUUUCCAUCGCCUUCGCCCUCUACUUUUCUGCCCGGGGAAUAGGACAUUGCUACGUUGACAAGCCCGAUUGGGAGCCAACCCCGCCGGUCGUAGCUACACCGUCGAGGGUACUCCUAUCCGGUCUCGGGGCGGACGAACUCUUCGGCGGCUACGCGCGACACGAGGCAGCGUUCAAGGCAGGUGGGUAUGCCCGAGUCAUCGACGAGCUGAAGCUGGAUAUCAGUCGCAUCGGCCAGAGGAAUCUAGGUCGUGACGACCGGGUCAUGGCCCAUUGGGGCAAGGAGGUGCGGUUCCCAUACCUCGACGAAGAACUCGUUAGGUUUGCUAUCAGCUCUCCCGUAUGGGAGAAGUGCGAUUUCCAGAAUCCAUCCCACCCCGCUGUCAUCGAUCCGGCCAAGCGAAUCUUGAGGGUCCUCGCCGAUAAGCUCGGCAUCCCCGGGGUGGCUAGAGAAAAGAAGAGGGCGAUCCAGUUCGGCUCGAGGACAGCCAAGAUGGAAAGCCACACGGGUAGGCUUCGGGGCACAGCGCUGAUCAGUUGAGACCCGAUCCCGGCUAGUGGCCUGCAAUACGCCACGUGAUGUUGAAGGGACUGGCGAUGAUGAUACAUCAGAUACUUCCGAGUUGGUCUCCAAUAAUCCCGUCGAGUUGACCCACCUGUGCGUUCCUACGUUCGUAGCAACCCUCUUGGGAUCCUCGUAUCACGGCCCAUUACCAGCGAUGACGUCGAAAAGGCAUGUCUGAGCCAGUCUACCCCUUACUUAUUAUACGAUAUGGUCAUGUCUUUCUGUUUGUACAGCGUUUCUGCGGAGACCGGUACUGCAUCGUGUCAGUACCUAAUCGGGGAUACGACGCGUGGUGGAAGGACAAUCAGCUCGCGGCACGAAUACAGGACUCGAGUCUACCCAUACAAUAUCCUCCCUAAUGGCAUCAGCGGUGUCUUCUCGGAAGGAGAAUAGAGGGCAGCUAGAAGCACACUUCGCUCUCUUUUCUCUUGCUUCGCUUGAUCGGAGGGGAUUGGGUCAGGGGAUCAGCCUAGUCAACUACCCAUAACUACGGAGAGAAGGCACAUCCCCUCUCGGAGAUACACAACGAAAAAGUUUUCACGAUGCGUUCCCCCAUAUAGGAACUGUUUGCUCCGUGAGCUGCUCAUCCGAUUACGGGGCAAAGACCUACCUAACCGGUUACGCUAUAUAUCUAUAUAAUUUUUAUACAGUACAACAUAGUGCAUAAUAACAAUACCUUGACUCAU